ACGAGCCGCGGCCGCCGCAAGGACAACCCUGUCCCCAUGCGUUGGGUCUGGAGGACGUAGGAGGUGGUGGCCAAGGACCACGUUGGGUUGGCACCAAGCACCUUGUGCUGCCUGUCACGUGGAGGUGGGAUGGAACCGCGGCAGACAUCGAGGUCAACCCAUCUCCUUGUGGCCGGAUGAGGGAUGAGGACACCACGAAGCCUUGGCUCUACGUGGUGGAGCUGGCAGGACCUCCAGGACCAACCCUGGCCGGGUGGGGAGUUGUCCCAUCGGAAGCCAAGAAGCCACACAGGUCCCCGCGUAGCCCCGUUCCCUCCCCCCAUGGAGGCCACCGCGCCUUCUACAGCGACCAUCGACCGCCGUCCAGCCGCGGCCACCGCUGGUCAAUCAGUAACGUUGGGGCGGUGCGAGAGGACACCUCGGCCGCUCCCAUGGGCAUCGCCGGCCACGCCAGAGCCCGCGUUCCUCGAGCCUUUGAGGCCCCCCCCGCGGCCGCCCCGAUGCCGCUGAGCGCGGGCGGCAGCGACCAUGAGAGCCCGGAGCCCCCCCCGGAGCCGCCCCCGGCCCCGCGCGCGGCGCCCCCCGGCCUCGUCGUGCGCAUCGGUGUCCCCGACCUCCAGCAGACGAAGUGUCUACGGUUGAAUCCAGACGUUCCUGUCUGGAUUUCCAAGCAGCGAAUCCUCUGCACGUUGAACCACAGCCUGAAGGACGUUCUCAACUAUGGGCUCUUCCAACCGGCCUUCAACGGGCGGGCUGGGAAGUUCUUGGACGAGGAACGGCUGCUGAGGGAGUAUCCGCUCAACCCAGACACUCCCGUCCCCUACUUGGAGUUCCGGUACAAGAGGCGCGUCUACACCCAGACCUUGUUGGACGACAAGCAGUUCGCCAAGCUCCACACCAAGGCCAACCUGAAGAAGUUCAUGGAGUACGUGCAGAUGCUGAACGUGGAGAAGGUCUGCAGGCUGCUGGAGAAAGGCUUGGACCCCAACUUCCAUGACCAGGACACGGGAGAGUGUCCCCUCACCGCGGCCGCUCAGCUGGAGCUCAGCACCGAGAUGAUCAAGACGCUUCGCAACGGAGGAGCUCACCUGGACUUCCGGACGCGGGAAGGAAUGACGGCUCUCCACAAAGCCGUCCAGUGCCGGAACCACGCGGCUCUCCUGACGCUGUUGGACCUCGGGGCCUCUCCGGACUACAAGGACAGCCGAGGGCUGACGCCCCUCUACCACAGUGCCAUGGUGGGAGGAGAUCCCUACUGCUGCGAGCUCCUGCUCCACGACUACGCCCGCCUCGGCUGCGUGGACGAGAACGGUUGGCAGGAGAUCCACCAGGCGUGUCGCUACGGCCACGUCCAACACUUGGAGCAUCUCCUCUUCUACGGCGCUGACAUGACGGCCCAGAACGCCUCAGGAAACACCGCGCUCCAUAUCUGCGCUCUCUAUAACCAGGAGAGCUGCGCUCGGGUCCUCCUCUUCCGCGGUGCCAGCAAAGAGAUCCGGAACUUCAACAGCCAGACGGCGUUCCAGGUGGCCAUCAUCGCCGGAAAUUUCGAGUUGGCUGAGAUCAUCAAAACCCACAAAGAGUCCGAUGUUGUGCCUUUCAGAGAAACUCCCAGCUACACCAAGCGGCGACGGAUCCUGGGUGCCGGUGGCCUCUCUUCUCCUCGUGUCCUCCAACGCUCGGCCAGCGACAACAACCUGAAGGCGGAGAGCAGAGCGUCCUACUCGCCGGUGCCCUCGCUCCGAAGCCUUCCACCCCAGCUCCUGGCGCAGAUGCAGGAGGCGGCGGCGGCGGCCGACGGGAGCUCCGGCAGCGCCCGCAGCGCCCACAGCCGCUCUCCGUCCCUCCAGAGGGUGCAGGAGGAGAAGGAAGCCGACCUACCCACGCUCCGCAGGAGCAGCCGUGGCAAAGCCAGCCCCGGUGGUCCCGCGGCGCCCCCCGCCGGUCCCGGUCCCGCCCCCGCCCCGGUAGCCGCUCCCGCUCCGCUCCGGGGACCGAAACGGAAGCUGUACAGCGCCGUGCCGGGCCGUAAGUUCAUCGCCGUGAAGAGCUACGCGCCGCAGGGCGACGGCGAGAUCCAACUCAACCGAGGAGAGGCCGUCAAGGCAGACGAGCAGCUCCGGGAAUUCGUGCUGAGUAUUGGAGAAGGUGGCUUUUGGGAAGGAACCGUGAAAGGACGGACUGGUUGGUUCCCGGCAGAAUGUGUUGAGGAGGUGCAAAUGCGACAGUAUGAUCCACGGCAAGUUUCUCCCAGGACAGCAGGGAUGGGGCAAAGUGGACGGCCACCUCAUCGGAAGACUCAUGAGGGGCCACCAGCUCCCCGUGUACCAUCACGCUCCAAGAAAUCUCCCUCUGGAUUAGAAACCAGAGAAGACAGAACCAAGCGUCUCUUCCGACAUUAUACUGUGGGCUCCUACGACAAUUUCACCUCUCACAGUGACUACAUCAUUGAGGAGAAGACGGCCGUGCUGCAGAAGAGGGAGCAUGAGGGAUUCGGGUUUGUGUUGCGAGGGGCCAAAGCUGAAACCCCAAUCGAGGAGUUUACCCCAACGCCAGCUUUCCCAGCGCUCCAGUACCUGGAAUCAGUGGAUGUGGAAGGGGUGGCUUGGAGAGCAGGGCUUCGCACGGGAGACUUUCUGAUUGAGGUGAAUGGUGUCAACGUGGUGAAGGUGGGGCACAAGCAAGUGGUCUCCUUGAUCCGGCAAGGUGGGAACCACCUGGUGAUGAAAGUUGUUUCCGUCAGCCGCAAGCCAGAAUCAGAAGAAGUUGUUCGGAAGAAGGCUCCGCCGCCUCCCAAGAGAGCUCCCAGCACCACCCUGACACUGCGUUCCAAGUCCAUGACGGCCGAGCUGGAAGAGCUGGCCUCCAUGCGGAGAAGAAAAGGGGAGAAGCUGGAUGAGAUUUUGGCAGCAGCUGAGCCGGCGCUGAGAGCGGACAUCGUGGAAGCGGAUUCGAGGGCAGCCACUGUGAAGCAGCGACCCACAAGCCGGCGCAUCACGCCAGCAGAGAUCAGUUCACUCUUUGAGCGCCAGGGUAUGGCAGCACACUCGGGGGUCCUCGCGGGAGCUGAGAAGCCCCACGUUUCGCUGCGCAAAGGAAUUCCACGGACAAAAUCUGUAGGUGAAGAUGAGAAACUUGCUGCUUCUUUGCUUGAUGGGAAGUUUCCCCGGAGCACAUCGAUGCAAGACACUGUUAGGGAAGGCCAUGGGAUUCCACCACCACCUCAAACAGCCCCACCUCCACCUCCUUCUCCGUAUUACUUCGACACAGCCCCCCCUCCAUCCUUCUCGCCACCUCCACCGCCAGGAAGAGCUUAUGAUACCAUACGAUCAAGCUUUAAGCCAAGCCUGGAGGCCAAACUCCAUGGACUCCCACAGGUCAUUAGCGCGGCUGAGAUGUACGAUCAGGCGAGGACUUCCAUUCCUUACCCUGAAAGGCAGAAGAGGGCCCGAUCCAUGAUAAUCCUACAAGAUUCCUCUCAUCUUCCCGUGGAGCCAACAGAGAUCCCCCGGCCUGGCCCAUCUGCAACCCCUCCGGAGAAGCUGAAGAGGAAGGGGAGAGUGAUUGACAACCCUUACGCCAACAUGGGGCAGUUCAACGUCAGCCUGUUCGCUCCCACCAAGCCCCAGAGGAAGAAGAGUCCUCUCGUUAAGCAGUUACAAGUGGAGGAUGCGCAGGAGCGAGCGGCACUGUCCAUCACCGGUGGCUUUACACGGGAGCCCUCUCCCACCCGCAGGAGCCAUCGCCUGAGCGGAGUGGAAUAUCAGCACCACACCGGCAUCGCUCAGGUCGAAGCCACGAGCAUCCCCUUUGCCACUGCCAUCGCUGGAGUCAUGAAGGACAGAGACCGUCGUCUGGAUGAGAGGCGGAAAUCCACUGUCUUCCUCUCGGUCGGGGCCAUCGAAGGAACCCCCCCCAGCAGCGACAUGCCAUCCUUGCAGCAGUCCAGGUCCAUCGAUGAGCGGUUGUUAGGAAGCCGAGAUGUUCUACUGCCUUCCCCUGUCUCAGCUUUAAAGCCAUUAAUUAGCAGCUCCUCCUCAACGUUCAUUCACCCCCUAACAGGAAAACCCUUGGAUCCGAACUCACCACUGGCGCUUGCGCUGGCCGCAAGGGAAAGGGCCCUCUCAACUCAAGUCCCAUCCCGGUCGCCCACCCCGAUCCACAGCCCAGACUCCGAAAGAGCAGCACCCCUGUUUGUGGACAUCCAAACCAAAGAACCAGAGAGGGGGGAGUUGGAGAGCUUAGUGUCCCCUGCCUACUCCCCUGGAGGCAAAGGGACCAUUGGAACAGACUCUGGGACUUUGGCCCCUGCGAAGAGCCAGUGGGGGACUCCAUCCACGCUGAGAAAGGAAACUGAGGCAAGAGUGGAAACACCUGGGAAAGAGGAGAAGAAGCAAGAAGACAAGAAGUCCAUGAUUAUUAGCAUCGUGGAUACGUCGCAGCAGAAGACCGCUGGCCUCAUCAUGGUUCAUGCCACAAGUAAUGGCCAAGACGAGAUAGGACUUGAGAUAAAAGAGGAGAAACCAGCUGUCCCUGAAGAAUGCACGGAGCCUGCAGAGACCCCCAAAGCAGAGACCCAGCCCAGUCCCGUGGGAAAGCCUCCGGUCAGUCCAGCCUCUGACAAGACGUUGGGACAAGGGAGUUCGGAGGAAGAAGUGGAGCCCUACACGGUUACCCUCCCACCAGCUCAGUUGUCUUCAAGCGACGAAGAGACCAGGGAGGAGUUGGCCAAGAUAGGGCUGGUGCCUCCACCAGAUGAGUUUGCGAACGGGGUACUGGUCACCACCCCUGGCACACCGGUCAGCCACCUGGCUACGCCUAGCACGCCAUCCAUACCAGCGGCAGCAGUAGCACCUUCUACCACUGGCGGAACACCCUCAGGGAAGCCCUCUGAUGCCCCCGUAGCCCCAGAGUCUGCUGCAGACUCGGGUGUGGAAGAGGUGGACACCAGAAGUUCAAGUGACCAUCACCUGGAGACCACAAGCACCAUCUCUACGGUCUCCAGCAUGUCUACGUUGUCCUCAGAAAGCGGGGAGCCUACUGACACAUACACUUCCUUUGCGGAUGGACAAACUUUUAUACUCGAGAAGCCACCAGUGCCUCCAAAGCCAAAACUCAAGUCCCAGCUCAGCAAGGGGCCAGUUACUUUCAGGGACCCACUUUUGAAGCAGUCUUCGGACAGCGAGCUCAUCUCCCAGCAACACGCGGCCACUCUGGCAUCAGCCAGCAUUGGCCGGCCACGCUACCUCUUUCAGAGAAGGUCCAAGCUAUGGGGGGACCCCAUGGAGAGCAGGCCAAUCCAUGGGGCUGAUGAUGACAAGCCAACUGUGAUCAGUGAGCUAAGUUCCCGACUACAGCAACUGAAUAAGGAUACGCGAUCACUGGGGGAGGAACCAGCCGGGUCCACCUUAGAUCCCGGGAAGAAGUCACCGGUGGUCGCGGCACGAGCCGCCCUGGGAAGCAGCCAACCUUGCCGUGCAAGCCAGAAGAGCGAUUCCCACGCGAGAGACUAGCCUUGGACUCUGUGCUGCCGCUCUGCCUGUCGCCCUCGGUUGCCCCCGGUGAGAGAGGGACUGAAACCGCAUGGAUCGAAGCAUGUUUGGGGAUGUCGGAGGGAGGCUGGUGGGGAAUCCAGCAGAAAACGCUUUGCCAACAUUUGGGGAGGGUGGGGGUGGGUGAUGUUUUAUUUCCUCUUGGUUUGGGGUCUUGUUUCCAAGGGGGGGGGGGUGAGUUGAUGGAUAAUAUAUAAUCUCCGUGCAUUUAUAUAGAGAGCAGCUGAUGACCGACAAGAGAUGAUACCCAACUACAGGAUUCCCACUCCGUCCUAGUCAUCCUUAUUUUGCAUCUUUUUAAUCAGCUAUAUAUUUGAAAAGAGAGAACAAAUAUCUAUAUAUCUAUAUCUAUAUCUAUAGCCACCUGAUUUUGUUAUAAUUUUACUAAAUCUAUAUAUCUCGAAGACUUGUUGAGAUGCUGGCGAGGCGGUGCCCGCACCCCUCCCCUGGGAUGCCCAUGGCUCAUGGGACUUUUUAGCAACUGACGGAAUGAAUGUGAAAGCCUUUUUAAGAUAAAAAAAACAAAAAAAAUCCCCCCCCCCCGACACGCACCCCCUCCCCUCCGACAGCUCCUUUCGAACUCUCUGGAUUUUAAAGAGAAACACAACACAAAACUUGGGUUUUUUGGGACACACCGAGUCUUCCAGCCCCGCCAGGCAGAGCCACGCGAAGCUGGUGCUUCCGCCACCCCGCUCAAUCCUGCGCCUCUGGCAGGCGCAGGUCCCUCUCCCACCUCCGCUCCCGGGGAGCAAUCGCCACCGCUGGGCACGGCAUUUGCCCUAUUGCCGCUGUCGGCUUGGCCAACGAGGCCUUGGUGGGGCUGCUCCUCUGGAGUGGCCAAUCGGGAGCGGGAAGAAGCUGGCGUGCAGGUCCGGCGGCCAGGCUGGCUCCCGCCGCGCCGCUGAGGAGCCAUAGGGAUGGUGGUGCCAUGGUGGCACAGCCACAGGGCUACCGGGGCUUGGUGGGAGCCAUCCAGUCAUCCAACAGCUUUGGAGAGCUGGAGGAACCCAACCAGCACUGGGAACCAUCCCGUCACCCAAAGGCUUUGGGGAGCUGGAGGAACCCAACUGGUGCUGGGAGCCAUCCCAUCACCCAAAGGCUUUGGAGAGCUGGAGGAACCCAACUGGUGCUGGGAACCAUCCCGUCACCCAAAGGCUUUGGGGAACUGGAGGAACCCAACCAGCACUGGGAACCAUCCCGUCACCCAAAGGCUUUGGGGAACUGGAGGAACCCAACUGGUGCUGGGAACCAUCCCGUCACCCAAAGGCUUUGGGGAGCUGGAGGAACCCAACUGGUGCUGGGAACCAUCCCGUCACCCAAAGGCUUUGGGGAACUGGAGGAACCCAGCCAGCACCAGCGCUGGGAAUCAUCCAGUCACCCAACAUCUUUGGGGAACUGGAGGAACCCAACCAGCACUGGGAACCAUCCAGUCACCCAAAGGCUUUGGGGAACUGGAGGAACCCAGCCAGCACCAGCGCUGGGAAUCAUCCGGUCACCCAACAUCUUUGGGGAGCUGGAGGGAUCCAACCAAUGCCGGCACUGGGAGCCAUCAGGACCCAACCAGCGCUGGCGCUGGGAGCCAUCCGGUCACCCAAAAGCUUUGGGGAGCUGGAGGGAUCCAACCAGCACUGGUGCUGGGAUUCAUUCAGUCACCCAAUGGCUUUGGCGAGCUGGAAGGACCCAACCGGCCCAGAUGCUGGGAGCCAUUGGGAUCCAACCAGCGCUGGCGCUGGGAGCCAUCCAGUCACCCAACAGCUUUGGGGAGCUGGAGGGACUCAACCACCUUGGCACUGGGAGCCAUCGGGACCCAACCAGCACUGGUGCUGGGAGCCAUCCAGUCACCCAACGACUUCGAGGAGCUGGAGGGACCCAGCCAGUGCUGGGAGCCAUCCAGUCACCCAACAGCUUUGGGAAGCUGGAGGGGCUCAACCAGCGCCGGCGCUGAGAGCCAUCCAGUCACCCAACAGCUUCAGGAAGCUGGAGGGACUCAACCAGCGCCGGCGCUGGAGGUGGCAGUGUUCCCGUCCCGCACCGUGGUGCCCAGUGCCCCUUCCUCGCUGGCCCGGGGGUGGCCGGGGCUUGGCCAGCUGGCAGGGGACGGCUUGGUGACUCGUGUUCCCAAAAAGCUGAGUCCCCCAUGAAGGCAUUAACUCUUCUGGUGCUAGAGGGAAGGACAAGGAGGUUCCUUCUGACCCUCACACAUCUCUGAACCUUUACAACCUUCAGCCAGGGAAAAGGCUCAGGACCAGGGUGGGGGUCGCAGACCCUCCUGUGCCCACCACAAGGACCUUCCCAGGACGGAUCCUGACCUAUGCCCGUGCACCGGGUCCUCCCUGGGAUGGAUCCUGACCUGUGCUCGUGCACCAGGUCCUCCCUGGGAUGGAUUCUGACCUGUGCCCAUGCACCAGAUCCUCUCUGGGAUGGAUUCUGACCUAUACCCAUGCACCAGGUCCUCCCUGGGAUGGAUCCUGGUGCUGUGGUGCCAUCUCCUUUUCCCUGAGCUCUUGCUGGGCGCAUGCCCACCCUGAGCUCUCUGGAAGCCACUGGACCCUGGGGGCUCGUGGCCUCUCCUCCUUCCUUGGGUGCCAUCCCACCGCUCCCAGCCGGGACGGCACCCAGGGAUGGCGCGAGGGGCUCCGAGCUGGACCGGCGAGCAAACAGCCUGCGUCCAUACCCCGGGGUACCCCAAGCCUCGCACCCCAAAACUUGGGGAGCCAAGAGGCGUCUGAAUCGCGAUAGCAGCCAUUGCGUCUGCGUUACCUGGGGUGCCACCGCACCCCGUCAGGCGUCCCCAGCCCCAAUGCUGCCGCUCUCCUGCAGGACCUGGAGCGGGAUGUCGUGUGCCACGUCCUGCUCCUUCCACCCUCUUGCCCCAUAGCUGUGGCCCCAGCCCAUCGUGGCCACGCAUCCCAUCCUUCCUUUCGCCCUUUGGGCCCCCACCAGGCUCCCAGCACCUUCACCCUCCUGUGCACCAACCUUCACCCUCAUGCUCAUCUCCCACCUUCACCCAUCCUACACAUCUCCCACCUUCACCCGUCUCCCGUACCCAGAACCUUCCACCUCCUACACAUCUCCCACCUUCAUCUGUCCUCCGUACUCAGCACCUUCAUCCUCCUGCAGGAUGGAUCCUGGUGCUGUGCAUCUCCCACCUUCAUCUGUCCUCCGUACUCAGCACCUUCAUCCUCCUGCAGGAUGGAUCCUGGUGCUGUGCAUCUCCCACCUUCAUCUGUCCUCCCUACCCAGCACCUUCACCGUUUCGCGCAUCUCCCAACUUCAUCCACCCCACGUCCCCAGCGCCUUCGACCUCCUGCACACCUCCUACCUUCACCCCUCCCUCGUCCCCAGCACCUCCACCCCUCGAACCCUCCGCUCCAGCCCCGCACGCCUCGCUGCAGCCAGCAGCAUGCACGGAUGCAUGCGCCGCGUCCCAGCUCAGCACCCCUUUUCCCCACCUCACCCUCCCUUACCAGGGUUCCAGAUCCUUCAUCCUGGCAUUGCUCAGCACCUUCUGGUCACAAGGGCUUGCUGGCAUGGUCCUGCAUGGGCAGGGGUGGUCCCGCUCCAGAGAUGUCCUCUUCCACCGGCAUGGCUGCACCUCACUUUGCCAGCACAGCCGUUGCCGCCGCUCCUCUUGCAUGCCUUGGCCCUGUGCUUGCUCCUUCCAGAGCGGCCGGUUCCGCGUCCCUCUGCCACCUUUCACGCGCUUUGCUGUGCCCACACCUUUGGUUCUGUUCAGCUCAGCACCCAACCAUCACCCAACCUCACCGCUUGACCCCUGCAACCAGAGCUUGGCUCUCCGGGCUGGUGCUUCUUCUCCAGCAUCCUGGGACACCGGCGAGCAGCCGGUUGCUCUGCACCCCUCUGGGGACACUGCAUGCUGGACUUGCCACCGCACAACCCGCCCGAGGAGGCUCCACCACGCGCAGGACCCCGUGCCCAUCGCCUGGCUUUGGCUCCUGCUGCUGCACACCUGCAGAGCCCUCGCUGUCCCCUCUCCGGCUCCAUCCCUGCAUCCCCCCAGGGCCAGAUCCUGAUGUCAAUGUCCCAUGGAGCUCCACCAGAGCACUCGCUGAGUAUCUGCACGCUUGGCCAAGCUUCUCUGCGGCUGCUGGCUCAUCCCAUGCUCUGCAUGCCCCAGCCCUGCCAGCUCGUUCCACUGCUGCCCCUUGCACCGCUUCUCCUGCUGCGCUUCAUUCCCAACACGCUGCUGGCUCCUUCCGUGCCUCAACCGCAGGUAAUGGAUAACCUGGCAGCCCUUGGAGAUCUUGGUGGUCCAUGGAGGCCCUAGUGGUCCAUGGAGGCCCUGGUGGCCCUCAGGAACCCUGGUGGUCCUUGGAGGCCCUGGUGGCCCUCAGGAACCCUGGUGGUCCUUGGAGGCCCUGGUGGCCCCCCAGUGACCCCAGUGGCUCAUUGAGAGCCUGGUGGCCCAUGGAGACCCCAAUGACCCUUGGAGACCCUGGUGGCCCAUGGAGACCCCAAUGGCUCUUGGAGGCCUGGGUGGCCCAUGGAGACCCCAGAGGUCCUCGCGCCCCAGCGCGGCCCCGCAGCUUAAGGCCAGCGGGCACCGCCGGUGGAAGUGUGACGGUGUGUGAGCCUGAGUGCAGGCUGCUCGAUGGGUUCACGUUGGGUGAACCCAGGGUCUCUGCCCCUUCCGCAGCUGUUUUGGGGGCAAUCGAGAGACCCGCCUGCACCCGCCUCUUGCCGCAAAGAGGCCAGAAGUCUGCAGAGCGCAACUUUUCUGCAGAAAGUUCGGUCUGGGACCAGGAAAGCUGGACGCCUUCUUGCCAUUUCUGAGGAGCCCUCCUCUUCCUCCCUAAUUCCCACCGCUGUACCCAAUCCUCUCGUAAGGGCUGGAAAUGGUGGAUGCACCGCUCCGCCCCGGUGGAGCCAGCGGCUGUGCCGCCCCCUCUCCGUGCAUCCCAGCUUCCACCACGAAGCAGCUGCAGCCGUACCUGUGUUGGCAAACACUGCGUGAUCCCUCCCGCGGGAUGGACACCACGGCUCGUCCCAGUCAGGCGUCACACCAAAGAAGGCGACUUCCACUCACGCUGCCGCGCCAUCGGUCCUGAUCCCAGGGGCUGCCCGGGGCCACCCUAAACCUGCUCCCCUGCCCUAAUCCUGCUCCCCUGCCCCGGCAACCAACAGCUUCAUCCUCCUCAUCACCCUCCCACCCAACCUUGAGCCCUCCCUGUCCACCCGCAUCCACCACGGACGUGUGCGCAUGGCAGAGUUGGGUGAGCUUGGAGCUUUGGAGGCAGCACCGGGAUGGUGUUGGGUGCCGAAGCGCCUUUGACUGCCACCCUGCCUCCUCCCCAGCCUGCUCCCACCCUACGCCCACCCGUGCCCCCUCAGCUCACCCAGCUGGGGCGGCAGCGAGGACUGGGUGACCACGUCCUCCAGCCAACGCCACCACCACGUCCCCCACACACCUUCAGCGUCCAUCCAGGCUUGGGUCCUAAGGUCCCAUCCCUGCUUGGCCCCGGAGAACGUCCCCACCUUGGGCUCAACCCGGUGGUGCGGUGCCUUCACCGGGGCAGCCAGGUUGCCCAAUGGCCAAGAUCUUGUCCCACGGCCAUUCCCACCCCUCCGGCAGAUCCGUAAUCUCCCCGCUAACGCAGCUGCUGCUCCUUUUCUUUUUCUCAGCUGAAGCAAAGAGGAAUUUUUUUCCCCCCUCCCCCCAGGUGUAGAUAGCGCUUUCCUGACUCUGUAUCUAUUCUGGCUGCCUUGGCAUCUCUCUCCGCUCCAAACAUCUCCAGACCCAGUGAGACAUUUCAUUUUGAAAAGCCAUCCAGGAGAAGGCAGAGCGGUAGCGGGCAAGGAACCGACCCCACGAGCCUGCGGCGCGGCCGGCAGCGAGCGCCGCAUCCCUCGGCCGCGCGCGGUGGUUACUGUGAUUCUCAUGGCUUCUCAAUGACUUGGGUUCUCUUCUGUAUUUAAAAAGAAAAAACAAAAAAACAAGGGAUACACUUUUUUUUUUCCGGCUUCGAAGGGUUAUUUUAAUUUUUUUUUUUAAAUUAGAAUUUGUUGGUAUUUCUUUUUUUCUUUUUCCACUUUGUGUCAUCGCUCCCCCCUUCGCCAUCAGCUCCCGUCUGUAAUCCUGACUGUAAAAGAAGAGCAAACGUAAAACCCAAAAGCGCUUCGUCCUCGGUUGGGGGAAGAGCUUUGCCAACCAAAACCGCCGUCGCCCAACGGGGAGGAAGCGCGCGGCGUGGGGGGUCUUUUUUUUUUCCUCGCCCUCACUGCCGCAUGCAUGAGACCACCCCGCACGCCCCCGGGCGCGCGCUCACACCCCACUGCAUGUGCAUAUUCCGGCCGCUCUCUCUCUCUCUCUCUCACCAACACACACACACACACACGCGUGCACACACGCGCGUGUGCGACCGCGCACGGCUCCGCCAUCCACACUCUCGUUUCUUCCCCAGACGGACUCACCUGUGGGUUUUUUUUUUUUGGUUCUGUUUUUAAUUUUACAGGGUCGGUUUGACUUCACCCUUAUUUUGUAUGGAUUUUUUCCCCGGAGGAGAUUUCUCCUUCUCCGGAGUCAUGGAGGUGUGGCCAUUCGCCUCCCGCCCUUGACGUUGUGAUACACAUACCCCACAGAGAUCUAUGUUUCUUAUAUUAUAUUAUUAUUAUUAUUAUUAAUUAUUAUUAUUAUUAUUAUUAUGUAAUAAAUUUAUAAGAAAGCUC